AUGGACGCCAAGGUCGACGAGAACUCCUUGCAGGUCUCGGGCUCUCUCACACUCAAGGGAUCUCUGUAUCCCUCACACCUUCUCAGAGACUUCUCUAUUAAUGGAGGCAAGGGACCGCUCUCACUGCAUCAUUUCUGGGACCGCAAGAGCUACGAAUCUCGAGAGGACUAUUACGCCUUCGAUUUUCUGGGUUACAGCUGCGAGAAGAAUCAAGCAUGGAGCAGUUACCACCACAAGAAGUCGCAACCUGCCAAAAUGCUCCUGAUGCUGGAACCAGCCGAUGAGACUCUCAGUCGGUUUCGCCGGCUGGGGCUUGGACUCUUGGCGUGGAAUGCAUCCUAUCCCUCGUAUGGAUCUACACCUGUCAGACCAAUGUGGGCCGAUGACGAGACUCGGUUUGAGCACACCAUCACUCUUGUCUGA